CAAAACAGUCACAUUUUUGUUCGUUGUUCCAAAAUGAUUGACAAUAGGAACUAUAGUAUUGAUGGCAAUGAUAAUAUUUUAAUACCGAAAAAGAAAGUACAUUCGGAUAAAGUAACGUUAUCACAGUUAUCAAAUAAUUUACCAUCAAUUAGUGAAUUCUAUGCUGAUCAAAACAUUUUUAUUACCGGUGGAACUGGGUUUAUGGGAAAAGUUUUAAUUGAGAAAUUACUUCGUUCAUGUCCAAAAAUUAAAGGAAUUUAUUUAUUACUACGUUCAAAGAAAAAUUAUACGGACGACCAAAGAUUUUUUAUGUCAAAAAUGAUCGGAUUUGAAGAGAAAGUAACGUUAUCACAAUUAUCAAAUAAUUUACCAUCAAUUAGUGAAUUCUAUGCUGAUCAAAACAUUUUUAUUACGGGCGGAACUGGGUUUAUGGGCAAAGUUUUAAUUGAGAAAUUACUUCGUUCAUGUCCAAAAAUUAAAGCAAUUUAUUUAUUACUACGUUCAAAGAAAAAUUAUGCAGAUGACCAAAGAUUAAACAAAAUCUUUAAUGCACCUCUUUUUGACAGAUUAAAAGAAGAAUAUCCAGAAUCAUUAUCAAAAGUAAAAGUUAUUAAAGGAGAUGUUAGCAAAAUAAAAUUUGGUCUGUCUGAUUUGGAUAUGAAAUUAAUUAUUAAUGAAAUGAACAUUGUCUUCCAUGUAGCAGCAUCUGUUCGAUUUGAUGACCCUUUGAAGGACGCAAUUUUAAUUAACACGCGAGGAACUAGAGAAAUGUUAAGAAUAGUUAAACAAAUGAAAAAAUUAAAGGUUUUCUUAUAUACAUCAACUACUUAUUGUAAUGUUGAUAAAGAGACAGAGGAAAUUGAAGAAAAGAUUUACGAAGCGACAACGAAUUGGGAAACUAUGAUUAAAGCAGCUGAAAAUAUGGAUCAAAAUGUGCUCAAUUUUAUAGAGCAAAAAAUUCUAGAUAAAUAUCCAAAUACGUACACAUUUACCAAAAACCUUGCUGAAGCAAUUGUGUCUGAAUAUUGUGAAGAUAUACCAACAGUUAUUUUUCGUCCAGCAGUCGUACUUGGCACAGAAUACGAGCCAAUGCCUGGUUGGAUUGAUAAUUUUAACGGACCAAUGGGCCUAGUGACAGGAAUUAUGGUAGGCCUUCUUCAUACAGUUUAUAUAGACGGUGAUAAGAGGGUUGAUUGGAUUUCUGUUGAUAGAGUUAUAAAUGGAAUGAUAAUAUCAAUAUGGUAUAAAGCGUUCGAGGAAAUUGAGCGUAAGAAAUGCUUAGUAAUUAAUUCAUCAACCAGUGACUUGAUUCAGGUUUACAACAGAGAAAUAUUUAAUCAUGGAUUAUCAGCAGUAAUGAAAAAUCCACCAACUCAAUUAUUGUGGUAUCCAUUUUGUUUUUAUACGAAAUUUAAAUACUUGUAUUGGUUUUACUUUGUAACACUGCACUUGAUUCCAGCAAUAUUUUUAAGUUUUUUAUUGAAAUUAACCAAUCAAAGUUUAGAUUUAUUUAAAUUAUAUCGGCGAAUAUUUUAUUCAAAUAUGAAGCUCGCACCGUUUACAUUAAAUGAAUGGGCGUUUAAAAAUGAUAAUUUUAGAUCUUUGCAAGCCAUAUUGAAACCAGAAGACACACAAAAAUUUUCAAUCGAUUAUUCUCAAGUUGUAGUUGAAGAUGCUUUUGAUAUAGGAGCUCUCGGAUCAAAUCGAUAUCUUUUAAAAGAUAAGAACUUUACAAAAGAAACACUUAAUAAACGAAUAUUCAACUACAAAAUAAAAUUUUAUCUACAUGUUAUGUUAAUUGGAUUUUUAAUCAUCAGUUCUUUCUUCGUCAUGAAUUUAUGGUAUGGUAUUACGUAUAAACGUUACAUCUAG